AUGACAGAAGUUCAAUCUAUUACUACAAGUGGUGAAAUUAAAAUGCCACUAUCUCCUUCAUCUUCUUCUUCUUCUAUUUCUUCCUCAACAACAAAUAAUACAAACAUUAAAUCAAUACCAAUUUUAUCACAAUGCUAUAGUUUUAGUGGUAAAGGAAAUGGUAAAGAAUUACAAGAUAAAAUUUUUAGACAAAAUUCAAGACAUUCAAAUGGUGGUUGGAAAUUUGUUGAUGAUAUUGAAUUAAAAAAACAAAGAGGAGUUUGUUGGUCAUUAGUUAAAAGUGUGGGUAAUAGUAUUAUUGAAGGUAAAGAAUUAACAAGCACAUGUUUACCAAUUGAAUUAUUUGAAGCAAGAUCAUUUUUAGAGAAAGUUACGGAUACAAUGGCAUUUGGUCCAUUAUAUUUAAAGGCAGCAGCUGAAACCAAUGAUCCAAUUGAAAGAAUGAAAAUGGUUGCAUCAUUUGUUGUAUCUGGGUUACAUUUGACAACUACAAUUGCUAAACCAUUUAAUCCAUUGCUAGGUGAAACGUUUGAAUGUGAUUUAGCCGAUGGAUCAAGUGCAUUUUGUGAACAGAUUUCACAUCAUCCACCAAUUUCAAGUUGGAAACUAUUGGAAAAAGAUGGUAAAUACAAGUACACUGGUCAUUUCAUUUGGUCAGCUGGUUGUCGUGGUAAUGUAGUCAAGGGUUGUUUAAAGGGUCCCCAUAAUAUUGAGUUUGCCGAUGGUACAAAUAUAGCAUUCACAUAUCCUGAUGUUUUAAUCAAGGGUAUAUUUUGGGGUGAUAGGGUCACUGAAUUUUGCGGUAAAAUGCUAUUCACUGAUGAAAAGAAUGAUUUGGCUUGUGAGUUGAUUUUCAACCCAAAUGCAUUAGGUUUCGUUAAAAGUUUCUUUUCAAAACAAAAAACUCCAUGUGAUACAAUCGAUGGUAGAAUAUUUAGAAUUAACAAUAACAAAAUCAAAGACGGAAAUUGUGAUAAAAUCAACCCUGAUGAUGUAUUAUGCAAAAUGGAAGGUACUUGGUUAACCUCUUUCUUAAUUGAUCAAGUCGAAUAUUGGAAUAUUAGAAUGAUACCACAUGGUGUAAUCUAUCGUGAUCCUGAAACAACACUUCCAACCGAUAGUGGUCGUCGUGAUGAUAUCAAACAUUUAAAAAUGGGUAAUCUUGAAGAAGCUAAAAAAUAUAAAGCCCUCAUAGAAGAUAAUCAAAGAAAACAAAAAAAAGAAAAAGAUGAAAAAUUAAAAAAAGAUGAAAAAUUAAAAAAAGAAGAUAAAAAGAAUCAAAAAUAA